AUGAAGCUACUAGGCCUUAGCAUUCUGGCGCCAGCGGUUUGCCAAGCGCUCAGCCAUUUUGAAUGGUCAUUUCCAAGUCUCCCUCCUAGCAGAACGCUCGAUGACGUUACAUUUCCAGUCAGCCUUGCCAAAGCGCAACAUACCAAGCAGUACUUUCUUGCAUAUCAGUUCACCUUCGGAACGCAAAACUCUACUCAAAAGACACUUGGCCACAUGGGCUAUAUAGGGCUUCAGCCUCAGCCUGACGUUGAGGGCCGAAGCAGAAUCCGCGCAGUCUUCUCCUCAUUUGCAUCUGAUACCAACUCAUCGCACCCCAACUGCCACGCCGGUGCCGAUACCGAUAGCCCCGAGCCUCCUACGGGCAUGAGCUGCGCCGUGGUAUACGAGGGGCACUACCCGCACGCUUACAAUCUUGCUGUUCGGAAAAAGUACCCCUAUUGCACGGGCCGGGUCGAAUGCCACACGUGGGCCGGAUCUGUCAUUGAUACGGUGACGAAAAAGGCGAUAGAGAUUGGCGUGUGGACUCUACCUCACGAGAACUACGAUGGUAUUGAGGCCAAUACGGGGUUUAUUCAAGACUUUGUGGGGAAGCCAUCGUGUGCUGACAUGCCAAGAAGCGAAAUCUACAUCAAAUUCCCAAUCACUUCGACGCCCGGGGCGGGACAUGGAUUGAUUCAAAGGCCCUAUCAACAACAGACAAAGUGUAAAGAUCAAAACCACUUCAAGCCAACCGAAAUAGGUGGGGGAUGGGAUAUCAAGUGGGGAUGGAAAUAG